AGUAGCUAUCGAGUUUGGUGGAUAGAGCUGCUUCUCUCAGCUCCUUUCCUGUCACUGUUAAAACAUGAAAUCUCUUUAGUGUUGUAUAUCUUUUAAGAGACAGCUGAUAGACAGAACAAUGACACAGAACCACGUGACAGGGAUGGAGGCGUCCGCCGUCUCUGUUUUGAAGCGGGCGGUGGAGCUGGACCAGAGUGGGCGCUUCCAGGAGUCGCUGGUCUGCUACCAGGAAGGCAUCCAGCUGCUUAUGGACGUGUUAAAAGCUGUAAAAGAUGACUCAAAGAGAGGGCACUACAGGGAGAAGAUAAAGGGCUACAUGGACAGAGCAGAGCAAAUCAAGGCACACGUGAACCAGAUGAAAGAAGAUGGGAAGUACCACGAGCAGAUAAGAAUAUCAGAGGAUGCUACUGGCUACAGCUAUGAGGUUUUGUUCAAGCCAUACAUCAGCAGUGCUCUCACAGAAGUCUGGGUGGAGGACCCGUACAUACGACACACCCACCAAUUGUACAACUUCCUUCGGUUCUGUGAGAUGCUGCUAAAAGCCCCCUGCAAGGUGAAGACGAUCCACCUCCUCACGUCACAGGAUGAAGCUGAUAGUGGCCAGCAGAGCGGCGCCCUUGCUGAGCUGAAAGAGAGUCUUGGUGCUCACGGAGUGACUCUGGACCUGCAGUUCUCCUCUACUAUCCAUGACCGGGAGAUCAGGUUUGAUAAUGGUUGGAUCAUAAAAAUUGGAAGAGGGUUGGAUUACUUCAAGAGACCUAAGGGUCGAUUCUCUAUUGGAUACUGUGACUACGACCUCAGGCAGUGCCAGGAGACCACCGUAGACAUUUUCCACACCAAACACACAAAAACUCUAUGAGAUUCAUGAAGAUCAAAUGAUUCUUUUUUUCCAAGCCAAGUCAUUUAAUUUAAUUAUCUGCCUUCGAAACACGGACAGUGUUGUCGGACUCGCCUUAGCACACGGGUGCCUGGGGACUGACUUUUAUAACAAAAGGGGGGUUUCUGUUUGAUUUUUGCUGCACUGGAACAUGUUAAAUUCUUGCUAACCAUACUAUUCUGUGGUGGAUUUUUAUGACAUUUCUUUAGUUUUAUAUGGUGUUUAUGUAAAAUAUAAAUUUUUUUUUUCCAUUUCUCCAUUUUAUUUUUUUUACUUUAAGAGAUCUUUUCCAUCCCUCCUUAUCUUUCAUUUUUAUGUCUACAAAUUCCAAUGAUGGGGAUCUACAGAGAAGAUGCUUAAAUUAAUUAAACUGAAACCUUUGCUUUAUACAAUUAUAAUUUUUUUUUUUCUUUUUGUUCCUCUUGCUUUUUUCCCCCCAGUGAAUCACAUUUAAAGUUUCAAAUUCAAAACCAGAACACCUUAAUCGUAAAAUGACUUCCAGGAUUACAAACUUUAAAAAAAAAAACAUACUUAACCUAAUGAUAAAGUAUUAUUUUAGCAUCAUGUAAAUGAGGAGCCACCACACAGACUGGAGCAGAUUACUAGCAGCAGUUAUUUAAUUUGUGACAAAUCCCUAAUCACUGUUAAUUGGACCUCUAAUUAAUGACACACUAAACUCUUCCCAAACAUGCACCUAAAUAUCUGUCUGUGUUGAAAAA